CGCGCAUGCGCAAAUCAGUGAGAAAGUUAACUCCUGAACUUCGUAGUCAGAAAAAUUCUGAUUUAUAAAAUAGCAGGGAAAACAGCAUAGAGUUGACAUGGCAUUCCGCCGGAGAAACAAGAGUUACCCUUUCUUCAGCCAGGAGUUCUUAAUUCAAAACCAUGCCGACAUCGUCUUCAGUUUGGUGAUUUUCAUUUUGAUUGGCUUGAUGUUUGAGGCAACAGCCAAGACGGCCAUACUGUUCAUCCAGCCUCAGUAUAAUGUCACCACACUGACACCAGAGGGCGAGGUGACGUUGUACCAUUACGGAUGGAAGGACUCGCCUACCAUCCUCUUCUAUUUCUUCAUCGCCAUCAUCCUCCAUGCCGUGGUGCAGGAGUAUCUUCUGGAUAAAGUGAACCGGCGUCUCCACCUCUCCAAGAGCAAGAAUACCAAGUUUAAUGAGUCGGGUCAACUGUGUGUGUUUCACUUGGUGUCGAGUGUGUGGAGUUUUUACAUCCUCAUAUCAGAAGGAUAUCUUUUGCAUCCCAGCAGCCUUUGGGAAAAUUAUCCCCAUGUACACCUCAGGUUUCAGGUGAAGUUUUUCUACCUCACUCAGCUGGCCUACUGGCUCCAUGCCCUGCCUGAGCUCUACUUCCAGAAAGUACGCAAGGAGGAGAUUCCUCGGCAGCUUCAGUACAUCUGCCUGUAUCUGCUGCACGUUGCUGCCGCAUAUUUGUUAAAUUUGAGUCGUGUGGGUCUGGUGCUGCUCUUCCUCCAGUAUGUGUCAGAGCUGGGCUUCCACAUCGCCAGACUCUUUUACUUCACUGAUGAGAACCAUCAGAAAAUGUUCGACCUGUGGGCGAUCAGCUUUGUGUUUACACGGAUGGUCACGUUGACCCUGAUGUUCCUGGCUGUGGGCUUCGGUCUGGCUCGCAGUGAGAACCAGGGGCUGGACUUGGAGAACGGCAACUUCAACACUGCACUGAUAAGGAUGACGGUUCUACUGCUGGUAUGUUUGACCCAAUCUUGGCUACUCUGGAAGUUUAUCCGCUUCCAGCUGAGGCGCUGGAGGGAGUUCAGACACGAACAGGCCGUCCGCAAGAAGGCUGCAGCAAAACAACCCCUCCGGCCGCUGAAGAGAGACUCACUUGGUCAUCAUGAAAAUGGAGUUCUUAAAGCUGAGAACGGAGCCUCCCCUCGGACCAAAAAACUCAAAUCCCCCUAAGACAGCACACUGACUGGCCUGAACAGGUUUCAUCAGCACAACAGGGAAGCUGGCGUCCAUCGGCCACCGAGCCUCCUGGUGAGAUUGUCCUGAGACGUUACAGGGACUCAGUCGCUACAGACUUAUUAGGCUUGAUUGCUGGAAAAAACAAGGAAAUCCCUCAAGCCCAACAGACAUUUACUCUUCUCAUCAUAUCAGUAUUUUUUAUACAUCCACGCAGCCUGCUAUCCCACCCUAAGGAGCACCAUUGUAUGCAGAAUUAUUAAAGUGUAAAGUGAACGCAGUAUGUGGCACACGUUACUGUGUGUGCAACAUGGUCUCACAGAAAUCCGUGAAAUAGCCACGGAUUUCGCUUAACUCAAAAUCAGUGGAAUAGCCACGGAAUCGCUCAGAUUUCCGUGAAACUGACACGGAUUUCGCUACAAUGCAAGUUAAUGACAGUCAUAUCCCGUGGCUAUUCCAACAUACAAAGUGAUUAUGUACAUUCACUGAGUGAAUAUUUAGAAAAUAAAACAUAUAUUUCUCGCUAGAAAUGUGAUCAAAAUCCAUUUUUAUGCAGAAACUAAGUCAAAAUAUAGAUUUUUCACUAAAAAUGAGAGAACUGUCCGCCAUGUUUUUUGUUCUGACCGCUGUAACCUUAAAAGUCACGUGACUUGGAACAAACCAAUAGGAACAAAUAUCCAUGGAAUAGCCACGGGAUAUGACUUGCAUUGUAGCAAAAUCCGUGUCAGUUUCACGGAAAUUUUAGCGAUUCCGUGGCUAUUCCACGGAUUUCUGUGAGACCAGGUUGGUGUGUGCCAGUGUUGAAUGUGUCGAUGCAUAUCCUCAUACAUAAUAAGUACUGUACUGGUUGUAGUGUGUCUGACGUCGCAGCUGUUCUUCAGCUCUUUGCCAUUGAGCCGGCUUCGCUUGUUUUCUAGUCUGGUCCGUUGGAGCAGAAAGAUGUUACUGAUAUGAUAUGAGCUUACUGUAUGCUGGCUUUAACAUUCUCCCUCUGCUGUGGCAGGGAUAGAGUGGUCACCUGGGCUCCUCCCAAUGAUUUACAGUACAAGCCGAAAGUUUGGACCUUCUCAUUCAAUGCAUUUUCUUUAUUUUCAUGACUAUUUACAUUGUAGAUUCUCACUGAAGGCAUCAAAACUAUUAGUCAGGCGGCUUAGCUAAAUAAAGGGGACACGCUGGACAAAAGCACCACAUUUUUUCCACGUGCUCUCUAUCACCAUAGGUUUCAAUUUUUGGUAGGAGCCACUUCAUCAAGAUGGCCGAUCCAAGAUGGCACCCAUAUAAAGUCUAUGAGAACCAAUACAUCUUUUAAGCCGCUUAGAAGGUCAAUCUUGGUGUCAAAAUCUACAUUUUCUGGGUCAAGGAAUCAUUUAAAGCUAUUGAGAAUAUCACUAGAUGAUUAUUUGAUCAAAUAGAAAUGUUCAUUUUCACCCAGACUGGUAGGCAACUCGCUUCAAGUGCUGCAGCAGGGAAUCCUGAGAUGAAAAUGUUUGGAAUCUAAUAAUUAUGUAAAUACAUGGCCAAAAUGAACAUAUCUAUUUGAUCAUCUAGUGAUAUUCUCAGUAGCUUUAAAUCAUUCUUUGACCCAGAAAAUGUAUAUUUUGACAUCAAGAUUGACCUUCUAAGUGGCUUAGAAGAUUUAUUGGUUCUCAUAGACUUUAUAUGGUUGCCAUCUCCGAUCCACAAUCUUGAUGAAGUGGCUCCUAUCAAAAAUUGAAACCUAUAGUGAUAGAGAGCAUGUGGAAAAAAUUUGGUGCUUUUGUCCGACGUGUCCCCUUUCUUCCCAAAUCUGGUCCUAAGCCGCCAGACUAUAUGAAUGAACACAUAUGGAAUUAUGUACUUAACAAAAAAAGUGUGAAAUAACUGAAAACAUGUCUUGUAUUUUAGAUUCCUCAAAGUAACCACCCUUUGCUUACUAGAAUAUAAGACAUGUUUUCAGUUAUUUCACACUUUUUUGUUAAGUACAUAAUUCCACAUGUGUUCAUUAAUAGUUUUGAUGAAUCUACAAUGUAAAUAGUCAUGAAAAUAAAGGAAACGCAUUGAAUGAGAAGGUGUGUCCAAACUUUUGGCCUGUACUGUAUGUUUGUUUAAAAUCCUACAUUUGUCACUGGUCACUUAACAGAAAAGCAUCAAGUAUGUAUGUUGGAUAUUACCGCAUGCCAUUCCAUUUUGUUUUCCUUUUAAUUUUUUUUUUGUUAAUUACUUUAUUAAAUAAUGCAAUUUUCUGAAAGAU